AUGCGCGCGGUGAGCGCGGCGAAGGCGUUCAUCGUUCCCCCGGACGUCGUGCGAGAGAUCUUAGCGCACGCGCCGAGCGCGGCGGCGCUGUGGCGCGCGGCGUUCGGCCUCCUCGCCGCGACGCUGCUGCGUGACGACCUCUCCACCGUCCCCGCCGCCGUGCUUCGACGCGCGCAGACCUCCGCGGCGAAGAUUUCGUAUCACCCGAGAGGCUCAGCGGUGGGUCCGUUUCCGUCGCGGCGCGAGCCGGGGAAGUACCCCGCGACGGAGCUCGUGGUGCUGCUGAAGGGCUCCCUCGACGUCCCGUCGGAGGGGACGCUGGAGGGCCCGUGCGUGAUCGUCCCCGGCGGGUACGUCGCGCUGAGCGACGACCAGGCGGAGAAGUUCGGGAAGCUCGCGCAGCGGAUGGGCAUGUCUAGCGUCGGCGCGACCACCCUCACGCCGGAGAAGGACUCGAGCUUUCACGUCGGCGGGGACUCCAUGCUCACGGACGCGGGCGCGAUGUCCGUGGAGGAGGACGCGACGAUGUUGCGGUGUUCGUUCGGGAAGGGGGGCGCCGCCGCCGCGGAGGCGACGGCCGCGGAGGAGCGACGCGCGGAGCGGCGCCUCAACCUGAACCUAAACCUGUCCGGGUCGAAGAAGAGCGCGCUGUCGCGGUCCGAGACGGAGAAAUCGUCGAGCGGCGACGCCGAAGAUCGUCUGAAGGAUAUGUUCUCGCGCACGAGCGACGACGAGCCGGUGCCGAACCGCCGGACGUCGAUCCAGGUCGGGGACCUGCAGCGCGCGAAGAUUCGGAACAGCUUGUUCGGCGUCGAAGGGAUCCCGGAGCGGUCGCACUACUCCCCGCCGACGAGUUCGCGGACGGGGAUGUCGCUGUCCCCGACGGCGUCCAUGGACCACGCGACGCGGCAUCAGCUCGGCGCGAUCGUGCAGCCCGGGACGCGACGGCGGCUGUCGCUGGACGUUCGCGAUUACGAUUUCGCGCUCGCCGCGGCGUCGGUGUCCGGCGCCGCGCUCGCCGCGCGCGAGGGCGACGUGCCGCCGCACGCGCAGACGAUGCGAACGACGUACCCCGCGGAUCGAAGAGGGUCGAUAGAAGACGCGAGCAGUCUGUUCAGGACGACGCCGUCGCCGCCGCGGAAGCCGGGGCCGGAGGCGGAGUUGGAGAGGAGGAACACGCACGGGGCGGCGAAGAUCUCGAAGGAUCUCGGGGGACUGUACCGCGUCUCUUCGGGCGGCGGCGGCGGAGGAGGAGGAGGCGACGACGAUCACGAAGCGACGCAGCAGACGUACCCGCCGCGAAGCGGCUCGUGGAGGGAUCUCCAAGGCGCGGGCGGCGGCGACGACGACGACGACGACGAGGGUUCGCACCGCGCGGGAGACAACGGGCUGACGCACCCGCCGCGGAGCGGCUAGAUAGAACGAGUGGUGACGAAAUGAACGCGUCGCGAAGGAAGUUCUGUAGCUCACCGCGCGCAGAGCGCGGUUAUCUUCGGUUGGACGUCCGCCUCCACGCGCACCU